UUCAGUCUCUGGAAGACUGUCAAGAAUCAGUACGUAGUUGGCGCCGGUGAGAGAUACACACACAUACACAUAGUACUAGACCCACCCACCAACCAACCAAUCCUCUUUCCCGUUUGACCGGCUUCCGCGAAAGGAAUCAUGUUUCUUUCCGCGACGUUGCCGUGGAAAUUCCGGAUUGUGCUUUUGCUGGUGGUGACUUCUCUGUGUUCCUACGGUGGGGCGUUCUCGGAGUGGCAGCAGUCCCCUGACGUGGCUCCUCCUCCGGCGGGCGUCUGCCACGAGACGGAUUCCUGUCGAGAUUCUGACGAAGGCGGGAGUGGUUCCCCAACUACCACCGAAAGCUACGGUGAUGGAGAGGAAGGGGGCAUCCAAACUUCAACAGCAGUGCCACGGGAAACGCUACAAAGGCCAAAUCUGGACGAGACAUCGGCAUCACCAACGGAAAACAGAACCGGCGGCUUCGCCGCGGUUCUCUCCAUAGGCAGAACCGGAGACGCCGCCGCCGACGGCGUCGCCUGGAGGAAGAAGAAGUACUACUCCUGGAGCACCAGGUCACUCCCUACGACGGAGGGACCCCACGCCCACCCUCUCAGGAGGGAAGAAUUCUCGGAGGUGACAACGCACCUGCCCAGAAUCGGGACGGCGGAGCCCAAGACCAACAGCAGGAAUAAGCCGUUCCCGGUCGUCACCGUCACCAGCCGCAUCCUGUCUCCCGGUAGGAACCGGAAUGAGGGGAAGAAAUCGGACGGCGAGAAGAGCCCCCUGUCGAGGGAUCCUCAGAUCAGGAACAUCGAGUUCGAGCCCGUGCCCGAAGGGGACCGCUACGGGACGGAUACCACCCACGCCCAGCCCACCAUCUUGGCGUGGGCAGGGGCGUUUGUCUCUCUCCUUCAGCCGUCUCAUUUUCCUUAUGAUCUGGUCAUGGAAGCCCUGGAGCGACGCAUUACAGCGGAGGAAUUAAUAACCGAGUCCCUGCAGGCAGAACCGGGCUUCAUAGCGUGCAUAGGCGUGGGCCUGACCCUGGCCGUAGGCGUGCCGAUCCUGGGCCUGCUGAUCUGCUGCUGCCGCCUCUGUGGGCGUUGCGGGGGGAAGAGGAAACAGCACAACCACACCACCUGCUUCAACUUCCAGAGGAGGACUCUCACCGUCUCUCUGGCGUCCUUGUCUAUGGCGGUCAGCCUGGGCAUCAUUGUGGUGCUGGUCAGCAACGAGAGGCUGGGUUGGGCUGUCAAUGAAGCGCGCGUGAGCGUUAAGGACAACGUGAGGGACCUCGACACUUUCCUUAGGAACACCAAGAUGCAGCUGAGGUACCUCGUCAGCAACUCCCUGGAGCAGACUGUGGAUGCUAUCCACGAGGAUCUAGAUGACAUAGAGUUCCUGUUAGGACGCCCUCUGCAGAGGGAGCUGGCUGGCGAGGCCCAAAUCGAAGUGGCCCUGGACUCCUUACUCCAUAUCAGUAGCAGUCUUCGGGACAUAGCCGGUCGCAUGAGAGCUUUGGAGGAGUCGAGGUUGCAAGCAGCUGCCAGGGCGGAAGAGUUACGAGGUCGUCUGUACGACCUGUCGCAAGACAUCAAGAGGUUCGUGGAGAGGUGCACGCCGGAGGACGCCGAAUUGUGCAAGUCUCUAGACCACCAAGGGCUCGAACUGGAGGCCAGAUUUGACAGUUUCUCCUUCUCGGAACAACUACGUCUUCUAUCGGCGGUUGAAAACCACAACCUGACGGAGACGGCUAGACACGCCCGCCUGGAAUUCGAGAAUAUUCCUGCUUACGUGGAGGUGGUCACCCGGCAGACGAGAGAGGAUGUCAAGAGAGUCGUGAGGAACUUCCGCGCCAGAGUGUACAACAAGGUCAGAGGUCUGGACGACGUGGCCUUUGACCUGGAAGUCCGAACGCGGGACAUGACCUGGAGGGUGGACGAAGCCGCUGCCAGCCUGCAGGAACACGAGAUCUACAGGUGGUACAUCGGUCUAGUCAUCGCCCUGAGCUUAGCCUUCGUGUGGACGUUGAUGACCAUCGGCCUAAUGUGUGGUUGUUGCUCGCACUCGUCCUCCCAGGCGCCAACGGAAAGAUCGUGCAUCUCAAACUCCGCAGGGCAGACACUCAUUUCGUCAGUCUUCUUCAUGUUCCUCUUCUCGGCGAUCCUGUGGACCGCCGUGGUGGCCCUCUUCGUCGUGGGCGCCCACGCCCACGCCUUCAUCUGCCACCCGCUCUACGAGGAACCUUACUUCCCGACGCUGACUCACCUCAUCGACGAGUCAGGGAUGGUGUCCAGGGGGCCUCUUCUGAGCAACGUCCUCCACAAAAACAGGAACGUCCCCCUCAGCAUCGGGCACGUUCUCAGCCAGUGCAAGGAAGGCGAGGCAGCCUACCACGUCUUCAAACUGAACCACUACUUCGACAUCGAGGCGGAGAUCAACCCUCACACAACCCUAGACUUGCGGGAACCCUUGGGGCGCCUCAACGUCAACCUGUCCCACGUGGAGCUCCUGUCUCCCGAGGCAGAGGCCCAUCUGGACUCCUUCCUGCGCUCCAUCAGGAUUGAUAUGGAGCCCUAUAGGAGGGAGAUGGAGAAGCCACUCGUUCGGAAGAGCCUGCCAGCACUCACGGAGCAGAUGCAGAACAUAGCAGGUCAGCUGAGGUCGGUCAGUUCCUCAGCGGAGCUUUUCAGGAUGGUGGCCCGGACGCGGAACCUAGUGAGCAACACUCUGUACCCGCUGGAGAAACGCAAGGAAGACGUGACGUACCAAGUGGCAACUUUGGACAUGGAGGUGAUGCCUCUGCAGCGUCAGAUCAACCAGAGUUCUGGCCACCUCAGGACGAUACAGUACUUCAUCCAUAACCACGGUUCCUCUUUGGCUGCGUCUAAAGCCCGGUCUUACGUCGAGAGGAUUCUGAACUACCCACGCCAGUACGCUGAUCACGUGAGGAACUCGGCCCUUCACCACGUGGCUCCGUGCACGCCUGUCUGGAACCUGUAUGAUUCGGCUCGUGGUGUCUCCUGUAAUGGGAUAAUUGAACCUCUGAAUGCUCUUUGGUUGGCUACCGGAUGGUGCCUGCUGCUGUUCUUACCAGCGAUAUGCGUGAGUCUGAGCCUGGCGCGUUUCUACCUACGCAUGGACUACGAUGAUGAUACUCUGCCCUUGCAAUCAAAUGGCUCCCCUUCUGGGUCACAGACUAACGUCCAAACAACAGAGUCUGUUAUGUGGGCCUCUAAGGAUAAUGGCAAGAGGCCUGCGCGUGGUUAUCAAACUCGCCACCAGAAUGGACCUCCUGAGGAGGAGAGAACCGAGCAACUUUAUGCAACACCAAGGAGGAGGUCUCGUUCCAAAAGCCAGACUCGAUCCAGGAAGCCGUCUGGCUCCACCCAGCCCUCCCGAGAGGUCUGCGACCUCAUCGCCGGCGUCCAGGUGGCCACCUGGAGAGACGCCUGGAAAGCCGGUGCCAACUUUGUCACCAUGGAGCUCGUGUCUCGACACGUUCACCGAUCCAUUGACUGGGUUCACCACCACUGGAACGAUGACCCGAGGGCACUCGCUGAAAAGCUGGCUGCUGCAGCGGCGAGGGAAAACAUGUACAACGAACCUGGCCCGCCAACAGACACCACUGAAAAGUCUGAGUGCGGUAACUGUUGUGACGGAACGUGACCGGCAGGUCCGUGUCCCAGCAUCUGUCAGUGACACACCAAGGAUCUGCCUCCUCUUCUGCACAAGGAACGCGCACUGGUGAUCAGCAGCAAGAGUCUACAGAGGAGGUGACUGGCCAGGUUCCUGGCAAAGGAACUCUGUGAUACAUGCGUCACUGUUUUAGAAUCCUUGGAAGUUCUGCCACGUUGUCCUUCUUCUUCUUCUUCAGGGUCCAUUGGCCGACGACAUUCUUUUGUUUAUAGAUGGGGGGAAGAAGACAAUGGCAUUUCUGUACACUUUUAAGUUAUUUGCAUGUAAAUGUACACGUUUCUGCUCUUCUUUGGGAAGAGCAAGAGAGCACUCAUUAGUUUGUUAUCACGAAUGAAAUAUAAAGGGAACCAUAUGAAACAUUAAACAAUUAUCAAUUGACAAAAGCAUGCCCUGCAACGAAGGAUAAAUUGCAUAUCUGUUGUUUAAAUUGAUUUUCGUGUCAAGUUGGCACUCCUGCUCGGAGGUCACAGAUAUUUCGGUUUUGAUAUAUAAAAAAAAUCCUAUAGAAAUCUACGUUUAAUGACAAUUUGGGAAUAUCACGAUUUAUUUUUCACUUGCACAAGUAAUAGAAAAAAUAUAAAGAUGGCAUUUACAAUAUAUAAUGAUUGUGAUACUUGAUUUAUGCACCUGAAAGAGUGCCAGCUUAUAUAUAUAUAAUAUAUAACAACAGAGUGCAUCUAUGCGUAUAAGCCUUCAAUGGGUGAAAUGAUGUGUAAAAUAUUUUCAUUUGCCAGGAUCUGAACAUCAAACGAAAAAAAAAAAAUAAAAAAAAAAAUAAGAGCCUUGCCUUACUUUUACAUCCAGUAAAAUGCAGUGGUUGUAAUUUGUAAAUAUAUUUCCUGAAGCUUUUCAUACAAACAUUGUGGAUAGAUUCCGUAGUUAAUGUUUGAUGUUUUUUUUUCUUUUUUUAAAUUGGACUUGUUGUUAAACAUUGUGAUAAGCGGGCCACCUUUUAGCAAGGUGGCUGACAGAGACAGCCUCUUUUGUACUUUAGGUAUGUAUACCCAUUUUUAAUAAACUUAAGGGAUGAAAUAAAACUCUCCGUCGUGAA